AUGACGAUUCGAAUGGCAACUAGUGUACUUCGACGAGCGGUCUUGCGACCUGCACCGUUGCAAGCUCGAAUUCGACCGAGUGUUUCGUUCUCCACUUCACUCACGGCGCAUCGAUCCUCACCUUCCAAACCGGACCCAUCUGCCACGGAUCAGGGUGCUACGGGACCCUCUCAAUCGACGCAAAAUGCCAGCGGACCCUCCGGCGCUGUCCCUGACUCCCAGCUCUCCGACCCCUACCCUCUCCCCUUCAGCCCAGACAUCAUCGACCUGAACUCGGCGAAUAGCGGCCCCGAACGAGGUCCCGAGUCCAAGUGGUCCGGUCUCAACCUCGCCUCCUCCUCCCAAACGCUCGACGGCAUCGAUGCACCCAUGCGUGUCCCUGGGCGAGAAAGUGAAGAUCGAGAAACGAAAAUCUCCCGCUUGAUCUACCAGACCCGCAAGCGGGGUACGCUCGAAACGGAUCUCUUGCUCAGCACCUUCGCGAAAAAGGAGCUGAAAAGCUUGCCGGAUGAAGAGCUGGAUGAGUUCGAUAGACUGCUCGACGAACCGGAUUGGGAUAUCUUCUACUGGUGUACGCAGAGGAAGGAGAUCCCGGAUAGGUGGAAGAAGAGCUUCGAGACGGAAGGGAAGUUGGGGAGUAGGUUGAUCAGGCAUACCAAGAACGAGGAGAAGGCGGUCAGGUGGAUGCCCGAAUUGUAA